UCUACCUGCCGCUAGUAGGUCGGAGCGCUGCGAAGAGGACAGACACUCUCCGGGCUUCCAGUGAGCUGUUUCGGGUCUCGGGUCUUCAACAUUUAGUCGUAGCAAUCUGCCUUAGAGCCGGUGAACGAGCGGCUUUUAUAUUUACACCCUCAUCUGAAUUGUACAGGAGCAACUUUGGAGGCAACUUGCUCCAACAGCGACCCCGGGCUCCGCGCGAAGGAAUGCGGCUCAACAAAGGAGCCUGCGUCCGAAGAUAAGCAACAAAAAAAAAAAGAGAAAAAACUAAAAAACCAAAGGCAGAACGGCAACAAGGUUUCGGCAGGAUGGAUGGUUUAAAUGCCGCAUCCAGGCCGUCUGUCGGCGGAGUUUCACCCGGGGAAAACACUCCGGCCGGGAGAGCUCCGUGUCAGGUGCCCGUGAGAAAGCAAGCCGUGAAGAGACACCACCACAAACACAACCUGAAGCACAGGUACGAGUUUCUGGAGACCCUCGGCAAAGGAACCUAUGGCAAGGUGAAGAAGGCCAAGGAAAGAUCCGGUAGACUGGUUGCCAUAAAGUCCAUCAGAAAGGAGAAGAUCAAGGAUGAGCAAGACCUGGUUCAUAUUCGCAGAGAAAUUGAGAUCAUGUCCUCACUCUGCCACCCGCACAUCAUCACCAUAUAUGAAGUAUUUGAAAACAAGGACAAAAUUGUGAUUGUGAUGGAGUAUGCCAGCCGGGGGGACCUGUAUGACUACAUCUGUGACAAGAGAUGCCUCUCAGAACGGGAGGCCAGGCACUUCUUCAGACAAAUUGUGUCAGCUGUGCACUACUGCCAUCAGAAUGGAAUAGUACACCGGGACCUGAAACUGGAGAAUAUUUUACUAGAUGGCAACGGCAAUGUUAAGAUUGCAGACUUUGGCCUUUCAAAUCUCUACCAUGGUGACGAGUACCUUCAAACUUUUUGUGGCAGCCCUCUGUAUGCUUCCCCAGAGAUUGUCAAUGGACGGCCCUACCAUGGGCCAGAGGUCGACACUUGGUCUCUGGGUGUAUUGUUAUAUACUAUGGUUCAUGGCACCAUGCCAUUUGAUGGAAACAACCACAAGACUCUGGUUCAGCAGAUUAGCACUGGAAACUACCGUAAACCCAAUAACCCCUCUGAUGCAUGUGGGCUUAUCCGUUGGAUGCUGAUGGUAAAUCCUGAGCGCAGAGCUACAAUAGAGGAGAUUGCAGGACACUGGUGGCUAAACUGGGGUUACCAGCAGCCAUUACUGGCAGAGACAAAGAGUAGCACAGCAGAGCAGACCUCUUCACCAGUCUGUCCAUCAACAUCACACCCUGCUGGGCUGGCCAGUGUUGCUAGUUGGCUGCGUCGUACAUCCAGGCCUUUAUUGGAGAACGGCUCGAAAAUGCGCUGCCUGCUCCGCUCACAGGGUGGUGGUGGAGGGGAUGUAGUCCGGCAGCGCUCUCUGCGAAGGUCACGAAAGGAAAACAAUGUCUCCCAAACGGUUCAUGAAGGAAACACAGACGGUCGCCCCUCGAAGGGGAUUCUAAAGAGACGUAACAGUGCGAAACAGAAAGUGAUGAGCGAAACCCCAGCUGCAGGUCCAGUGGAGCCUCAGAAAGUUUUGGGUUUGUCUGCAUCAUCUAACGCCCCUUCAGCUGCGUUGCUGCCUCGCAAAGGUAUCCUCAAGAAGCCCACAGAGCAAGAGUCAGGAUACUACUCCUCCUCUCCUGAGAACAGUGACUCUGGCUUGGUACCAGAAACUAAAGAGUGCCCUUCAGCACCAACCUACAGAAAGGGCAUCCUGAAGCAUAAUGGAAAGUUCUCCUCAGGUGGGUUGGAGGACUUUGGCUCUCUAGACCAGCUGGCAGCUUCUUUACCCCGUGGGGGUGCCAGGUCAAGGCCAAGUGGGGCCAUCAGUGAGGACAGCAUUCUGUCUUCAGAGUCCUUUGACCAGCUGGACCUACCAGACCGUGUUGGACCUUCAACACAAAUGGAUAAACCAGCCAAGGCUAGCAUGAGAGGAUGUGUGUCUGCGGACAACCUGCUGGACAUCCGAGAGGACGGGAUUCUUGGGGAUGGGUUGCUGAGGCCCUGGAACUGCUAUGAAGCCGGAGUGGCUGACAGUGCCUUCUCCAUCACAGACUGUGAUAAUGUAACAGAGGCUUACAAACAGGCCAUGGUUAUACGAGGCUCUGCAGCGAGCUGAAGACCAGUAACUACUAAAGGGGGCUGACUAAGGAAUUGUUAGUCAUUCAGAAUUUUUAAAUGACUGUAAACUACUGAAGACAAGACAGCCAAAGUGCAUUAUGUGAAACUAACAGCAUGCUGUAGCAUUUAGGCUAACUUCAGGAAUUGCACAGCACCAAAAAGGGAGGAGGCUUCUUGUUUAACAUCAGAUUGUAUUUAAGGUGACGAAUGAUAAAUGAUGCUGUUGAGUAAAACAGGCUAAAAAUAACCAGAUGGCACAGUGUUUUACAGAAGUGAUGAAUUACAGUUGAAAAUGUCAAUUUCAACGAUUCUCAGGAGAAGACAGCUGCUGCUGGUGAUACGGGAGCUCUGAUUUUCAACAUGAGAGCUUACUAUGAAGUAAGCUAUGAAAGUGUAGUUAAUGAAGAAAUGCACCUUGGAACCAAAACACUGGUCUGAGUUUGUAGAAUAUAUUACUUAAGUGACAAUAAAUUAGAAAACUGUCUUUUUAAACAGUCACAGUAGGGCUGGUGUUUGAAUAUUGCCUCUUUUGCCUUGUUUACAACUGCAGAAUACUUUCAGUGCACAAAGUCAGUGUCUUCUAUUGUCUACAGGUCAGUUUGAGAAAGUGUCUAGGACUUAAUAUCUCUUGGAUUCAAGCUUUGUGAUGGUUGAUCAUCAUCUAGGAUAACAGCAAUAACAGACAAGUUCAAUGUUAGGAUGGGUUCAUGUACCAUAUACUACUAUUACUGUUUUGUUUUUGUUUUUAGUUUAGUUUUUUUUUU